UGAAGUAGAAGAUUCCAAGAAGAGUGGCAUUAUUAGAGAAACCCAAACAAAUAUUUUGGAGCAGCAGAAGACAACACGGCAGAGCAGGAUGUUGUGACCAGGUGUGUGCCAGCCAUGUACGUGAGCCCGCUCCUGGACAAGGACGGCAGCAUGUACCCAGGCUCUGCCCGGGCUGCCAACACUCUGCCAGGGCAGGGCUUCGUGUCCGCGCCCCCCUACCCCGAGUACAUGGGAUACCACCCCGUGCCAGCCCUGGACACCCACGGGCAGCCGCCGGGGCCCUGGGGCUCCCACUAUGGCCCGCAGAGGGAGGACUGGAACGCGUACGGGCCGGGCCCCUCCGGCGCGGGCACUGCCCAGCUCAGCGCCCCGUCCCCCGCCCCGGGCUCCUACAGCCCCGCCGAGUACAGCUCCCUGCAGCCCGGGGCCGGGGGGGCUCCUCCCGCAGAGCCCGGCAGUGCCCAGCACUGCUCCCCCAGCAGCCACAGGCACAGCUACGAGUGGAUGAGGAAAACCGUGCAAGCCAACACCACUGGUAAAACAAGAACAAAAGAAAAGUACCGAGUUGUUUACACAGACCAUCAGAGACUGGAAUUAGAGAAGGAAUUUCACUGCAACAGAUACAUCACAAUCAGGAGAAAGUCAGAACUGGCAGCAAACCUGGGACUAUCAGAAAGACAGGUGAAGAUCUGGUUCCAGAACCGGCGGGCAAAGGAAAGGAAGCUGCUCAAGAAGAAAAUCUCGCAGUUUGACGGCAGCGGGGGCUCCGCCCAGAGCGACUCGGGGUCGCUGAGCCCCACCGAACUGUCCAGCUCCCUGUUCCCACCUCCCCACGGCAUCAGUGCAUUACAGCCCAGUGACAUUCACCAGGUCAUGGUUUCAGAAUGAACAGAGGGAAAAAAAACAGGAAAAAAGAGAAAGCAGGAAUGGAUUUCCCCACCUUUAAAACUCACUUAUGCAAAGGACCCUUCUCAUUUCACUGCCUCUAGAGAGCUGUUUCUGAGCACGGGAGCUGGGACUGCUGUCAAAGUGUUUUAAUUGUUGCAGAAAUCUCAGGGAACUUGUGCUGCUAAGAUUCAUCUCUCAAUAUCUUUGAACAGCAGGUAAUUUGCUUCAGACACUGACACAAAGAAUGAGACAAUAAAGGUUCAAGUAAAUGUAGUUCUAGUCUGACCACAUAUACCCACAGAGAACUAAGGGGACUGAUUAUAAAACAGAGUAUUAUUGCAGAAAAUAUAAGAAGCUGUGUGUGUUUGGGUUGUUACAUUUAUAUAAUUAGAGUAAACAGUAGAUGUUAAUAAAUAUUUACACUUACAUGUAUUGAAAAGAAUGCUACUUUCUGAAAACAACAAAAACAUUCAAAACACAUUUAAAUACUCGAGAAAAAUAAUAAUGUCGUUAUACCAACAUAUUGCAUUUAAUUAAACAACACAAAUCGUCUUUGCCCUAUGCCAUUGUAUUCAAGGAUGCAAUAGUUACAGAUACCUAAUACACCAAACCUGCCAAGAUCUGUUCCAUUGUAGGAAAUGAAGUCAUUUCUCAUGCACAUUAGGAAAUGCCAAAUAAUUUGGAAGAUAAGCAUUAUUUCAAUCUUCAAUGACUGCAUAUACUGCUGCUCAAAAAUAUGAGCAAAAAUGUAAUGGAAACAGGACUGUUACUACCACCAAACCCCCCAAAAGCAAAUAAAGAAUUUUUAACGUCUCUAAACAU